AUGACAGCUUGGAGGAUGGGUGUUGAAGAGCGUCAUUCCGGAUGCCCUCGAAGUUCUGCCCGUUCGCAGGACAGCAGCUCGAAUUGGUCCAAGGACCUCCUUGUCGACACGAUCACGAGCAAGUCGUCAUCAUUGUCGGCGAAGAAGAGUCAUCACGAGUUGAAUGGCUCCAACCCCCGAUUUCCCAACGCCGAACUCAACCCCCCUCUAUUCCAAACCCUGCGUAGACAGGAUGCUCAUCAUUAUCACGGAUCAACGUCUUCCCUGCAGAGGGACCACCGAAUCUCCAGCCGACAACCGGGUGUUGCUGAGAAAGAAGAAGGUGAAGGGCUCGACAACAAGCUUGUCGCUACUUCAUCAUCAUUAAUUUUCGCCUUUUCCUCUUCCUCCACAACACCAUCCUUCUCGUACUCCUCCCCCACAGCACUGGUUGGUUCACCCGAACCGGAACCGGAACCAGAGCCCACUGAGGAAUCAACUGAGUCGUUCUUAUCAGCAUCCCUAACGCCUGAGCAGAUUUGGAGUUUGAGUAACAUCCUUCCACCGGAGGUGAUGGAUCGACUGCUAGAGCUGCUUUACCCUGAUUCGGAUGAGGAGGACGCAGCUGGUGUCAGGGGUAUGCAUUUUGAAGAGUGGCUUGCGAAGCUGAGGGAGCUGCUGGAGCCGUAUUUGGAGGUGGUUGGAGAACUGGAGAGGGCGUUGAAUCCGGCGUCGUAUGUGUAUGUUGGGAAGCGGAGACACAAAUGA